CUGCUGCGGAAGGUUAAAAAACGCGCCGAAGCGCGAUAUCCGUAGUAAACUGCGCAUUGUGCUCUAGCCACUUUAUCUCCUUUUCUUCCUCCCACACUAAACAACUUUCUUUUCCUCUUGAAUUCACCCAAGAAAUCAGCCAAGAAUGGAACAAGCCUCGUCUUCUCGAGUGAUGUGCUGUAAAUACGAAUUACGCUAUGACCUGGAUUUCGCUGAGCUGCAGAAACUAUUCAAGAAUGGAGUGACGGAACUGACAAUGUUAAGAGGGGAUGAGGCGGUGAAUUCGUUCAACUCGGCAAUUCAAGAAAUCAGAACCAAUUUUCUGGCUACCAUUUUCCUCCAUCGCGCGGCAGCCCAUGAAACCCAAGGAAAACUCGAACUGGCGUUACAAGAUUCACUUGGAGCAAUCAAACACGCACCACAGUCGUCCGACGGCUACAUUUAUGCAUUCAACUUGCACCUCCGCUUGAAACACCUAAGAGAGGCGUUACUGGUUGUUGAGCGUGGAUUGGUCAGGGUGGCCAUAAGCGAUCCAAGGUACGCAGCUUUUGCUUAUCUUAAAUCCGCAGUGCUUGCCGAGAUCGAUCAUCACAACACCCUUUCGUUGCCCUAUGAUGUGGUUAGCGACAUCAUGCAACGCUUAAGCUUCCCGGAUCGUGUUCGUCUCGCGUCAACAUGUAAAUACUGGAAACGUAUGCUGUAUGACUCCCCGCCUGUCAUGUGGCGCGAUUUGGAUAUACGUUCACCAAUGUCUCCAGUACAGUUCCGCAGCAUUCUGUCUCAUGUCAAAAGCCAAUAUGUUCGUGUCAUCAAGGUGAACACUGUACGGAUACUGAAAGAAGUAGCCAAGAUGAAAUGGCACCAUAUUGAAUGUCUCGAUACGGAAUCUAUAUUUUUCGAUAGUGAUAGUCCCCUCACGAAAGUCAUAUGGCGAAACAGGGACUCACUCAAAGAGCUCAGUAUAACGAGCAUAUCUUCGCCUCCCGAUCUAACGGCCAAGUUUAUAAACGGUGUGACACGCGUAUGCCCACAUAUCACUAGCCUUACGUUACAUUCCAAACUGUAUGAAGAGCAGCGUAUACUUAUGCCACCACCAUCCAACUCGCGAACUACAGCUAUGACCCUGACACACCUGUCGUUGAAUGAAUUACGAAGCUUGUCAGCUGUAUUACCACACUGCCCGAAUUUACAAUAUCUCGAACUGUUUGAGCAAGGGUUGCUCAUGGCACAUCCACCUAUGGUUUUCUUUCUGAUAGACAGAUGGUGUCCCAAGCUCAUCGGCCUUCGCUAUUCCCCAUACAGCACGAUGGUAUUUGGAGCAUCCUUCCCUGACACUGAUCUCAGCGACACUGCCAUGCACAAGUAUAUAUCCGAGGAGCCAGCAGCAGCAACGACAAGCGGAUUACGCGAGCUCACCUACUUGCCUAGGGAAUUGGUUGAUACCGGUAUUUCGGACACAAUCAAGAGAAACCAAUCGACUUUACAGAGCCUACGCCUCAAUACGACCGUCAUCACCUCCCAAAAAUAUGAAUUACUUGCGGCGCUGUCCGAAAUAUCGAGUACAAGGCAUCAGGCAUUGCGCGAAAUUGAGUUCGCUGGAAAACGCACAGCGCAUUUUGCCAGGUCAAGAAACAACUUUCCGUCAGCUGAUCUAUACGACAUCAUUAAAACUUGCAUAUCAUUGGAGUCCGUGCGUCUACGAGAUAUUGUCAUCGAUAGCGACGAUCUAUUUUAUGCACUCAGCGCUCUCCCGCGACUCCGUCGACUCUACCUGAUACGGUGCCCAAUGGCUGCUGGAUGCAGACAUGGAAGAACUGUGUUUAGCUGUGGAUUUCAGUAUCUGUGUACGUACACAGAAACGUUGGAGGAAGUGUAUGUGGAUGGAGACUCAGAUAGAGAGAGCAUGCAACAUCUGUUCCAAGCCAUCAAAAUGAACAAGCAUAUGCGCUGUAUCCGGUUCACAAGCGAGGAAGAUAUUAAGAUGGAAAAUACAAACGCAAUUGCCAACGUACUGACAAAUCUGACGGAUCUAACAAUCGAAAGCAGGAUGGACGUGUUGUUCCCGCAGUUGACAUUCUUGCAUUUGCUCCCCAAGUUGCAGGUCCUCAAUAUUCGCGGUGCGAAUGUUCACAACAUGACAGAUGAGGUCAUUUAUACAUUGUUUCACAAAAGACUCAACGCUGGCGCCUCACAUUUAGAAAUCUCGGUGAACCAUACAAUCAGGAAUAUCAAGCGAAGAUACUGCAGCAGGCAAGCCAUGGAGAACAAAGAAGAGGGAACGGGUGCACCAGAUGAAAGCGUGUAUGCCACUGCUUAUCGUGACAGGAACGACCAGUUUUUCAGUGAUAUCGAAAGACAACGGAUACUCGAGGCAGUAGUUCUUUAAAGUCAUCCUGCGUAUUGUCAAACUACAACGAUACUGCAUGCAUGUUGUUUAUAUGUAUUGGAAAUAAGGAACCUCAUGUUAUUUAUAUCGCAAAACAUGAAAAUAAACAGUAUAAAUUCCUCCAAUUCUCG